GAUUAAAAUUUUGUAAAUUUUCAUAUUUAGUUAAUAAAAAAAUAGGAAUAUAUAUUUAAAAAUGUCAUAUAAGGUAGGCCAGAGAGUUGAAAUUGCUGGCAAAGAUUGUCAGGGAGUAAUUGCAUAUAUAGGUCAUCCUUCGUUUGCUUCUGGAAAAUGGAUUGGAGUAAUACUUGAUGAAGCAAAGGGUAAAAACAAUGGAACAAUUAAAGGACAGGUUUAUUUUAAGUGUGCGGAAAAUCAUGGAAUGUUUGUGCGACAGGCACAAAUUAUUUUAAUAGACGAAUCUGGAAAUAGAGCUGAUCCUGUUAGUCCUUCUUCUGCAGGAAGUAUUGCGACUACUCCAGAUGAUAGUGGAGCAGCGAGAGCCAGAAGUCGACUUAACAGCAUCAGCAUUCGAAGAAGGAACGAACCGACGACUGUUAGAAGAAAAACAUCACCAGCGCAAGUUAUUCGUCAGCAAACUGACAAACUUUCUGGUUCACGACUUUCAUUGGCUGGUAGUAGAACACAAUUGAGUGCUCCAAGUACUGAGAAUCUUAGUAUUUCCACACAUGAACGAAAAGAUAUUGGCGAAUCACUUAUUCCUGCACCAACCACCACCAAAAGAGCUUCAUUUGUCGAGAAGUCCCCUAGCACGAGUUCGCCUUCCGGCAAAAAGCCAAAGGGCCAAGAUGACAAUACGGGAUUUGUGGAGACUUUAAAACCACAAUUUGUUCCUGGUCAGUCAAUUGCGAGUUCAACAACAGCUUCAAGUAAUAUUGAAGAGAAACUCACGCACAUGCAAAUUGCACAAGAAAAUGAAAAUUUAAAAUCACAGGUACGUGAUCUCACGGAAAAAGUUGAAUUGCUGAGAGUCAAACGAAUUCAAGAUAAGGAAAGAAUGAAAGAUUUCGAGAAAGUGAAAAUACAAUUAGAUCAACUUAUAGAAUUUAAAAGUAAAGUUAUGGAGAGUCAAGCGAUGUUGCAAAGAGAUCUUCAACGAGCAAAACAAGAGGCUCGAGAUGCACACAUAGCCAAAGAACAAUUCCAGGAAGAAAUGUCUGAUUAUGCAGAAACUGUCGAAAUGGCAACUCUUGAUAAAGAAAUGGCUGAGGAAAAAGCGGAAACACUACAAAUCGAAUUGGAGCAACUGAAAGAAAAAUUGGAGGAAAAAACACUGGAUUUAGAAAUAUUGCGCACGGAAAUGUCGGACAGAGUGGGAGGUGGAACGGCUUCCGGAACUUCGAGUUUCGAAGUUAGGCAAUUGGAACAACAAAAUAGUAGAUUACGUGAGACUCUUGUAAAAAUGAGAGAUUUCUCCGCGCAUGAAAAACAUGAAUUUCAAAAACUUUUGAAAGACUUGGAACAAAAGAAAUCGGAAAUUAUGGAAUUAAGUCGUACCAAGGAGAAAUUAUCGUCAAGAGUCGAAGAAAUGGAGCACCAAAUUGCCGACCUGCAAGAACAGGUUGAUGCAGCUUUGGGCGCUGAAGAAAUGGUUGAAUUACUUGGAGAAAGAAAAAUGGCCUUGGAGGAAAAAGUUGCUGAACUAGAGGAAGCCGUUUCGGAUUUAGAAGCUCUACAGGAUAUGUCAGAUCAACUCGCAGAAUCGUCGAAAGAAUUGGAACUUGAACUUCGUGAGGAAUUGGAUCUUGCUUUGGGAUCAGCGCGAGAUGCUCAAAGGCAUAAAGACGCAGCUUUAGAAACUCUCGCGGAUCGUGAAUUGACAAUUGCAAAAUUCCGAGACUUGACACAUCAAUUGCAAGAUCAAUGUCUACAAUUGCAACAACGAAUGCAAAGCACAGAAUCAACUAAAUCAGGAAAUCGAGGUACAGAACAACAAUUGGCCGAUAUUCUCGAUUUCCAAAAAACAUUCGCUGAAACUCGAGCACAAACAAAAGCUGUUGAUCUUGAACUUCGUCGCUUGGAAACUGAAGAGGCACGAUGUCAUGUAAAAUAUUUAUUAUCAUUUAUGCCACCGGCGUUUAUGAUUCGAGGCGGUGAUAACGAUGCAAUAAUGACGCUUCUUCUCAUUCCAAGAAUGACCAAGAAAACGGAAAUUUUGAUUUCACAAGUGAGGGAUAAAUAUAGCCAAGUCGAGAAAUUUGACAGACAAGGCGUGAUGAAGGGUCAUUCGAUUGCUCAAUUUGCCUUUAGAUCUCGUCUUUGCAGUCAUAUGUAUGCAUUGCAAACGUCACUUGGUUGUUUUGAGUCGGCAUUGAAUAAUUGUACAUCGGAAAUGUUAUUAAAGGCAGGUGCCGCUUAUCCAGAAAUGGCAGCGCAAGAAAAAUGUCUUGAUUAUUUAAUUGAAUUGGUGAAACGUGAUCAACUCGAUGAAAAUCUUCCAAUGGAUGCUGUUGAAAAAUGUUGUGGUUAUUUUUCAACAAUGUUUUCCAUUUUAUUUGAAGAGAAAGGUUUUGACAAUCAAGCCCAAUUAGUUAUUAAUGGUACAAGGACUUUAGGCAGUUGUUGUGAGGCAAUAACAACUGACGCUUCCGCUAUCAAAACACUUAUUGAUGGCGAAGGCGGUGAUAUUGCAUUAUUGUGUCAACAUGUGGAAACAACUUGUGAAGUUAUUCAGCAACAUUUGAAAUCUGCAAGACGAAGAGUACCUCGAGAACAUUUAAUUGGUUCGUCGCCAGCGGAAGCCAAUUUGGAAUUAGAUAAAGAUUGGAUGGAGCAAUUGACAAAUUGCUAUCAAAAUGGAACUAAAAUUAUGAAAUCGUUACAGGAUUUAUUGAAAAAUGCUAUUCAGGCUAUCAUUGCAAAUGGAGAUCUAGAUUCCGGUUUGGUUGCAUCGAAAUUAAAGGAAAUGGCAGCAGCUUCGACGGAAAAAAUAUAUGACACGGAAGAUUUAGGACCUGUGGCUUCCAUCAAAGCAAGUUUGUCAGUGAUUCAACAAGUUGCUGCUAAUUUAGCGCAAAAAAUGGCUGAAUGCGAAAAUGAAUUAGCCAUUUCGGGUAAUACAUUAAAACAACAACAACCGGCUAGUGGAGAGCCGACAAAUCCUAUUUUGAUUCGAGCACAAACUGUUAAAAAAGAAGCUGAAGAAACUAAAAUACUUAGCAGAAAACUUGAGUCGAGAGAUAGUGAUAUACGAGAGGCGAGAAUUGCUUUACGUGAGAAACAAGAAGAAAUAUCAGAGAUGACUCUAAGGAAAGAAUUAGCAGAAAAGCGACUUGCCACACAACAACAUGAAAAUGAAUUAAAUAUCGAGAAAUUGAAGAGAAAACUCGAGGAAGCACAAAAUCAACUCAAACGAAAGGAAAAAGAGUUUGAAGAAACGAUGGACCAUUUACAAACGGAUAUCGAUAGUUUAGAGACGGAAAAGGGUCAAUUGAAGGAAAAACUGAAAACUUAUGGAAAGAAAACAACGCCAACUUUGUCGGGAACGGAGGGAAUUACAGGUGUCUCGUUGGAUGUCAGUUUACCUGGUGAUGUGUCUCAGGAUAAUCAACUUCUAUUGAAUCAAAUUAAUGCUCUGAAAGGAGCUUUGAAUAAUGAGCAACAAGAAAAAUGUAAAUUACUUGCUGCCGAUAUGUUCAAGAAAUUAGAAUCAUUGAGUACGUUACACGUUAUUGAUAAGCGAACCGUGGAUUCAAAACUAAUUGAAUUACGAAAGAAACGAUCAGAACUCAUCAAGGAAGUAAAUGAAGUUGCAUUGUUCCCCAAAGUUCCGGAUUUAACUCGCAAUAAAUUGAUAACACGUGAUGCGCCAGUUUUGGAUAAAGCAAUGCCCGCUUAUCAAUUGAUUAAGAGAAAAAUGGACCUUAAAAAUUUGAAAGAAAGAACCGAUCAAUUAUCUAGUGAAAUUCGUAAUGAAUUAGUAAAAAGGACUUUCGGUGGAUGCGCUGAAUCGAAUUUUGCCAUUUUUCCAAGUCGCGAAAUGGUGGCUGCUAUGAACGAGAAAAAGAAAACAAUGAUCGCAGAAAUUGAUAUUCCCCAUCCUGGUCCAUCGGAAUCAUUUAUGAUAAAUGUUGGCUCUGAAGAAUUACGAAAAGUCCACGCUCUUAUAUGUUACUAAAAAUUAAAGCUUUUUCUUAACUCUACCUGAAAUAAUGAGAGAAAAAAGAAAUUUUAAUAAAAUUCAAAAAAUAUAGGAAUUAUAAAUUAAAUUUAGAAUAUUUAAAAAACAUUGACAUUGAUUAGUUUGAAUUUUUUUUUUAAUUUCUACUAGCUAUUUUAACUAUGUAUAAUUUAUAUGUUAUUACUUUCUUUAGAAAUUAUUUACUUUUACUUGUAUUAUUAUUUUAUUUAAAUUUUAUUAUAUUAAAUUCUUAUCAUACAAAAUAAAAAAUUCGUUAUUAGGUGAAA